CGGUGUGGGAUAAUUUUCUCGCGUGCAUGGUAAAGACACUUCGGUACCGACUAGCGGCAAGUAUAGCCAGGCAGUGUGCGAUACGACGUUCGGUAUGUGGAUCUACUUGUUGAUUGCCGUAAUCACACUUUCGGUUCUUCUGGUGCGCAGAAAGUAUUCUUUCUGGGAACGCCAUGGAGUGCCCUACAUCAGGCCAACGUUUCCGUUCGGGAACAUUCGCCCCGCUGGGAAGCGAGUUCAUUCCUCCCAGUUGAUGACCCGCUACUACCGGGAGCUCAAAGGUAAGCAUCAGUUCGGAGGAAUCUUUUUCUUCACCAACCCGGUGGCCUUGGCGCUGGAUCUGGAGUUCAUCAAGGAUGUACUGGUGCGGGACUUUCAGUACUUCCACGACCGUGGGAUGUAUUACAACGAACGGGAUGAUCCCAUUUCUGGCCAUUUGUUCAACCUCGAGGGAACUCAGUGGACUAAUUUACGUAAGAAGUUGCUGCCGACAUUCUCGUCGGGCAAAUUGAAAAUGAUGAGCCCCACUAUCAUCUCCGUUGCUGAACGGUUUCAAGAAUGUCUUGAAAAGUGCAUAGCUGUGGAUGCGGAGAUCGAGAUGAAAGACCUGCUGGCGCGGUUCACCACAGACGUCAUCGGAACGUGCGCCUUCGGAAUCGACUGCAACAGUUUGAACGACCCGGAUGUGGAGUUCCGCAAAAUGGGUAAUAAAAUGUUCGAACUACCCAGCGGUAGGAUAUUCAAGUUCUUUUUCAUCUCAACGUUCAAAAACCUCGCGCGAAAAGCGCGAAUGAAGUCCGUUCCCGAGGAUGUGUCGGAGUUCUUUUUCAAUGUCGUUCGCGAAACUAUCGAUUACCGCGAGAAGAGUCAUGUCCAGCGGAAUGAUUUUAUGAACCUGUUGAUGCAACUGAUGGAGAAGGGUGAGCUGGAGGGCUCCGACGAGAAGGUAGGCACGCUAAGUAUGAACGAGGUGGUGGCGCAAGCGUUCGUAUUUUUCCUCGGCGGAUUCGAAACGUCCAGCACAACGAUGUCGUACUGUUUGUAUGAGCUGUCGCUGUACGAAGACAUUCAAGAGCGUGCCCGAGAGUGCGUACAGAGUGCUAUCACAAAGCAUGGCGGCUUCAAUUACGACGCUGUGAUGGAUAUGGACUAUCUAGAACAGUGUAUUAACGAAUCCCUGAGAAAAUAUCCACCGGGUGCAAACUUGGUGCGAUGUGCAACAAAAGACUAUCAUGUGCGCAAUUCCAGCAUGGUGUUCAAAAAGGGAAUGAGUGUGAUGGUCCCGAUCUAUGCCAUUCAUCAUGACGCCGAGUACUAUCCGGACCCGGAACGAUACGAUCCGGACCGAUUCAGUGCCGAGGAGGUUUCCAAACGUCCUCCGUUCACUUUCAUGCCCUUCGGGGAGGGUCCUCGUAUCUGUAUCGCGGCUCGAUUCGGGAUGAUGGAAUCGAAAAUAGGGUUGGCGGCGCUGUUGAUGAAUUUUAAAUUUUCCAAGUGUUCCAAGUCGAUUGUGCCAUUGGUGAUUUCUAAUAAGCAUUUUGUGCUGACCCCAGCUGGGGGAUUGUGGUUGAAGGUGGAAAAGCUUCAGAAGUAGUAAGGGGCACAUAAAUCUCGAAAUUAUUUAUUAUUCGGUCUAAGAUAUUUUGUGAUGAUUUCGUCUUUCAUAAUUAGUAAAGCAUUAAUAAAGAAUAAGUUAGA